CGGAGCGCAUUGAUGUGUCCGGGAGCCCCUGCGGGGCCUUGGUGGGAGGACGCGGCCAGUGUUCGGUGGUGCUUUCUCCGGAGGACAAAGCAAAUGAAGCUAGCAGGGGACCCAAGUUGCAAAGGAACAGAGCACCACAUGGGCGAGGUGUGAAAAUGAAAUCCACUGUAGCAACAGUGAAGAAUCCAACUGGAAAAGUUCAAGCAGACAUAUGCAAACCUUUUUCUGGGAAAGUGUUCUAUCUUGACCUAACAUCCAAAUUAAUAUCUGAAAAACUGGAAAAAGACAUAAAAGAACUUGGAGGUACUGUUGAAGGAUUUCUCAGCAAAGAAAUCAGCUAUCUUAUAACAAGUAAAAAGGAAGCAAAAUGUGUGAAGACUUUGAAGUAUGUUUGUUCUGUACCGAGUCCCGAACCUGCUCAAAACACCGGAGAGAGUUCAACCAGCCCAGGCAAUAGGCGAUUACCUCAAGAAGGAAAUUCAAGUAAAAAAAAUGAAAAGAGCCUUGUAAGUCGGGGGAAAUCUUUAGUGAAAAAGGCGAUCAAAGAGCAGGAAAUUCUACCAAAAAAUAGUAUUUUAUCUAAUGCCCUCAACUGGGGAGUUAAAAUACUUCAUGUUGAAGAAGCAAAGCGUUACAUUGAAAAGAAGAAAAGUUCAUUGCAGCAAGUCAAAAAAUCCCAACCUGUAGUCAAGUCUGAAAGCAAACAUCCAGCACGUCGGAAAGUAAAACCUCAAAAACUAAAAAGCCCAUACAUAAAAGUAGAAGACUGCAGUUGCCAGUACAGACCAUUAUACCUUGUAUUGCCACAGUUUCGAUCCUUCCAGAAUACUACAUCAAAUUAUUUAGUAGAGGUGGAUAAAAAAGCAGAUGUUGGACAGAAGCUGGCAGAAACAAAACAAAGUAUAAAUAAGACUGGUCACGUACAGGAUGGUGCAAACAAUGCAAAUAUUAAAUUAAAGGAGCAAAAGAAGCAUGGCUACUGUGAGUGCUGUCUUAAAAAAUACGACAGUCUGGAAUCUCAUAUUUUAAGCCCACAGCAUAAGAACUAUUCAGAAAGUGCAUACUAUCAAGUGGUUGAUGAUCUUAUUUCUACUUUUGAGUUUGACUUUGUGGAUUGGUCGAAAUACAAAAAUGGAAGAAAAAGUGUGGGGAUAUUGAUGUUGACUGAAAAAUAUAAAGCUGAAGGCCAGGAGAGAAAUGAAGCUUCAAAAGCAAACACUUUUUCAGAAAGAGUGUCAGCUACCACCCCACUGCAGGAGAAUACGUUAAAGGAUCCUUAUGCUACUUCUUGUUCUGUUCCACCAACUCCUGUUUGCAAUACCGAUCCAAUGUUUUCCUUGCCCUCUCCUGUGGGAUCUGCAGAAUUAUGCAACAAAAAAUAUACAACAGACAACUUUGAGCAACUUGUAGCAACAUCUGUGCCAGCUUUGUGUUUGAAGGACAAUCUCCCGGGUUCAUUAGGUGAAAGAGAAAUGUCAGUUGUUUACAAUGAAACGAAACAAAAUGAAACUAUAGAUCAUACUAUGGAGAGGCCAAAGAUUGGGUGGGAUGCUAGCAACAUUCCUAGCAAUAUCUUACUAUAUGUUCCACAGAAGGUAGACGCUGUCGCACAGUACGCGAAUGUCUCUCUAAAGGGAAAUAUACAUUGUAGUAAAUUGACUGCAUGCCAGGCAGCUCUCACUUAUGGAAAAAUGGAUCCAGCUGUGUGUGAUAAUAUUACAUUUCCUAAGACUGUAAAUCACCUUCACAACAAAGAAGGGCAUAGAACAAUGGACCAAAUAUAUCCCACUGUACAGUCGGAUGAGCUCCAGAGUCUCCUGCCUGAUUACUCGCCUUCAGGAAAUCUGCACAGGAAACUGAAGACUUCUGCUCAAACAAACCUAGCUGAUGAUGAGCUUCUCUGCAGACUCUCGCAUAAGGUGUCUGUUCCACAGCAAAAUGAUGUUUUAAAUGUACCCAGUGAAACUCUGCUAGCAAUGUUUGAGUCCAGUGAGGAUAAAACUGAGUUUUUUGGGUUUGCUGGCAGCUGUGUGUGUGACCCAUGCAGUAUGGAUGAUGGCGAUAAUCGGGAUCAAGCCCACAAAAACUUGCUUUUGUCUCUCUUCUCGCACACCACCACGUCUGGCUCUUCGUUUCUUGGCUUUUAAUGUUUGAGUUUUAAUUAUUUGUAAUUUUAUUAUUUGUUUUAAUGAUUUUAAUGCGCGGAAAAUACUUUUCUUUAAUCCACAAAAUAAAUAGCCAGAUGUGAGAUUUCUUUGUAUAGCAACAGUAAUACUUAAAGACACUCUUAUUUUAGUAAGUAAAACGUAUUUCUCACAAUAAUGUUCUUAAGUUUCAUUACUCACAUAGAACAUAAUGUUCUAAUCUUUCUCUUUGGAAAUUUUGCUGGUGUGUUUCUGUGGUUACAAGUCUGUAGGUUUUCUUAUGUUUCAUGAUUCAGAUUAAGAAUAUGGAGUGCUCUUGAAAUUUCAAAAUUAAA